AUGCAGAUCUUCCUGCAAACAAUGGCGGGCAAGAUGAUUUCGUUGUCGGUGGAGCCGUCGGAGACAAUCAAAUCAGCGAAGGCGCGAGUCCAAGAGGCUGAGGGGCUGAUCACGUCACAACAGCAAUGGGUCUGGUGUGGAGAGAAGCUGUCGGAUCGACUCAGCUUUGAAGAUUACGAGAUGCAGGCAGAUUCCACUAUUGAUUUGAUAUUGUCGAAGCAGAAGGUUCAGAUCUCCGUCCGCACGUUCGAUGGCAAUUUUCUACGCCUCGAGACAGAGUCCUGUUCUUCAGUCGAGGAGCUCAAAAACCAGAUCGAAGAAGCUUCGCCCGGCUGCUUCAAGGACGUGGCACCGGAGUAUCGCGCCUGGGUCUUCCAGGGGAAAUCACUCGAGGACGGCCGCCACCUCUCAGAUUACGGCAUAGAAUCAGGCAGCACUGUCUGGCUUGCAGCUCGCAAGGUUGCCAGGGGAGCACUGUCAGAAGCUUCAGCAGAGCCGCCCAAAUAG